CUGAGAGGAGGGAAGAAGCACGGGAGGAGGCAGGGAGAAGCUCUUCCACUUCGACGCUUCGAUCUCCCCUCUAUUCUUCAUCUUGAUCCCCGAAAAUAGCUGAUGUAAUUGGAAGCAGAGGAAGCCACUGCGGAAGCCAUCAUAAGAGAGUCUCUGAGGCGAUGCAAGUCCCUCUGCCGCGGAUGACGGCCACCCCUGUUUGCCAAUGAUCAAUUUUGGUGGCUCUUUGAGAACCACCGGAAGAUUCAGUGUCUCCUUCUUCUCCAACCUCAUUGAUCGCUGCCUCACGCUCGGCUCCCUCUACUCCGCUCAAUCCAUCCACGCCCAUCUCGUCAAGACCGGCCUCCAUCGCCACACCUUCCUUGGCAACCGGCUCCUCGGCCUCUACUCUGGCCUUGGCUCCAUCACGCUCGCUAUCGGAGUUUUUCAUGACAUCCCUGAUAAGAACAGGUUCACGUGGAACAUUCUGCUUAUGGCGCUUGUUAGAACUGGCUGCGUCGAAGCCGCCCAUGAACUGUUCGAGGAAAUGCCUGAGAGAGAUGUGGUGAGUUGGAAUUCGCUGAUUUCGGGGUACGUGUCCACUGGAUUUUUCGAUAAGGCGUUUGGGGUUCUUCACCGGAUGCAAGAUCUCGGUGUCAAAGUUAGUGCUUUCACACUGUCCAUCACUGCUUCUUGUGUCUCGUCUCCUCGACAGGCUAAGCAAGUGCAUGGAUUUAUUACCCGCUUCGGAUCAGGUUCACUAAAUACUGUGCUUGGUAACUCACUCAUUGAUAUGUAUGGAAGAGUUGGACUCGCAGGAUAUGCUAGCCAAAUUUUCUGUGCCAUGGAUAACUCUGACGUCAUCUCUUGGAACUCCAUGAUCUCAGCAUAUGGUAGGUCAGGUUGUGGAAUGGAAGCAUUAGAGUGCUUCUGUGCGAUGAGGGCUGCUGGGUUUUCAACUGAUGAGUUCACUAUGUCGAGUGUGCUCAACAUUUGCACUGACCUUGAGAAUUUGGCUAAGGAUUAGAUGAUGCAGUUCGGAUCUUCCAAGGGAUGCCGAGAUGGGAUUCAGUGCUCUGCGAUUCAAUGUACUCCGGUUAUGUUCGGAGCAGC